AUGGACAACAUUAAGAGAGACACCAUGAUGCCGGAGGAGCACUACAGCUCCAAACAGGAGAAAAGGGAGAAAAUCAGAGAGAUGGAGCGAUUCUUUAAAGAGGCCGACAAAGAUGGCGGCGGCGAUCUGGACGAGACGGAGUUCAUAAGCGCCAUGGGUCAGUUCUAUCCAGGACACAGCGAGGAGGAGCUGAGAGCCUUGCACAUGCAGAUAGACGCCAACUGCGAUGGAACCGUGGACUUCAAUGAGCUGCUGGACUUUGAACUGGGGAAACACUUUGCCGCCAAGAACCGGCCCUUUGACAACAUGUUUCCUUUGCCGAUUAAGAUAGUGGACGGCGGGCACCAUAACAAAAUCGUCAAAAUCGUGGCGAGGCUGGUGGAGAAGCCGGAGAAAAACAACAACAGAAGAGGUCCGCGGAAAUACAUCGACGAAGAGUAUUUGACAUUGACUUCUGAUGCGAAACUGAAGAUUUGGACGGAUCGUUUCGACAAGCAUACGGACGAAAUGAUAUUUGUUCAAAGUGACUCACUCCCUUUCCAACACAAGCGACGAAUUAAGGUCAAUGAUUUGAUCUAUCUGAAAGAAACAGAAGAAGUGGCGGUAGCAAGUAACGAACGCGAGGUCCGGUUUUAUGAGUGGUCUUCGGAAGGUCUUACAAUGCGCUACUCCAUUAUACCAGAAGCAGGUCAAGUAACAUCCUUACACUACUGGUCCGACGGCACGAGUAGCAUCUUCACGUUUGGCGAUUCCGUUGGGUAUGUGUUUGUUUGUGUUAGCCACCACAUACACACAUACACGCUUUUCAACCCAACUUCCUUCUCACGCACUAAACAUGACAGCUACAAGCGCGCCUACAUGACGUCGUUGCUGCAAAAGACAUGCCCAGAUUUUCCUGUGGUGAAAAUCAAAGUGUUUCAAGAGAUCGUCACGUCCAUGAAAUACAUCCCGGCGCUGAAGGAGGUUGUGAUCUGUGGGGAGUCGGCAACGAAAAUGGCGCUGGUGGCUGCGAAUAAUGAAAGAACGCCGAUAAACUACACCAAUCCGUGGAAUGCCCACAAGGGAGGCGUCACCAGCAUCACUUGUAACCCAAGUCGUGAGAAUUACAUCACCACUGGUUUUGAUUGCAACGUGACAGUGUGGACCAAGUAUGAGCAUCUCGUCGGCUCGUUUCGAAAGGAUAGAUGGGAGAAAAAAGACUUGGACCCGGAGUGGAAAAAGCAGAGCGAACUUGAGAGCGAGGCAGAUGGGCUGCAGCUGUACGAUGACCAGCAUUUAAGAUUCAUGCAAAAUAAGAAAGCGGACAAGAAACCAAGCUUGGGCGAAGAAAUCCAUGCAGCACGAAUACAAUGCGAAGCGUUUCUUUCAUGGGCAAAGUAUUAUCAAAAGCAACUGACGAUAUUGACGCAGACCAAGAAGGCUGAGCAGGUUGUGCAGACAGAGAAAGUAUGUGAGCCACGUAAAAUCGGGCAUUUUAUGGAGAAGAAGAUAUUCCAAGAACCUCCGCUUCUACGCAGCUACAGUGGACCUACCGGCACGACGCCACUGACGCAGUACGGAAGCACCCAAGACAAUCUGGAUCCCUCCAAAACGUUCACAACUGACGCCUUCCACAAACUCCCAAGAGCUGUCAAGGUGCUUGCCAAAAACACCUCCCGUUAA